CUUUAGAUAAGGACAAUUAGUCACCAGUGAGACCCUGUAGGAAAGAGGUUUAAAUCAGAGGGAUUUAAUGAGGGUGCUCUGUGCUUUCCCUGAAGCCAUGCCCUCCAGCAACUCCCGCCCCCCCGCGUGCCUAGCCCCGGUGGCUCUCUUCUUGGCUCUGUUGCUCCAUCUCUCCCUUUCCUCCCAAGCUGGAGACAGGAGACCCUUGCCUGUAGACAGAGCUCCAGGUUUGAAGGAAAAGACCCUGAUUCUGCUUGAUGUGAGCACCAAGAACCCAGUCAGGACAGUCAAUGAAAACUUCCUCUCUCUGCAGCUGGAUCCGUCCAUCAUUCAUGAUGGCUGGCUCGAUUUCUUAAGCUCCAAGCGUCUGGUGACCCUGGCCCGGGGACUUUCGCCCGCCUUUCUGCGCUUCGGGGGCAAAAGGACCGACUUCUUGCAGUUCCAGAACCUGAGGAAUCCGGCGAAAAGCCGCGGGGGUCCCGGCCCGGAUUACUAUCUCAAAAACUAUGAGGAUGACAUUGUUCGAAGUGAUGUUGCCUUGGAUAAACAGAAAGGCUGCAAGAUUGCCCAGCACCCUGAUGUUAUGCUGGAGCUCCAACGGGAGAAGGCAGCUCAGAUGCAUCUGGUUCUUUUAAAGGAGCAAUUCUCCAAUACUUACAGUAAUCUCAUAUUAACAGCCAGGUCUCUAGACAAACUUUAUAACUUUGCUGAUUGCUCUGGACUCCACCUGAUAUUUGCUCUAAAUGCACUACGUCGCAAUCCCAAUAACUCCUGGAACAGUUCUAGUGCCCUGAGUCUGCUGAAGUACAGUGCCAGCAAAAAGUACAACAUUUCUUGGGAACUAGGUAAUGAGCCAAAUAACUAUCGGACCAUGCAUGGCCGGGCAGUAAAUGGCAGCCAGUUGGGAAAGGAUUACAUCCAGCUGAAGAGCCUGUUGCAGCCCAUCCGGAUUUACUCCAGAGCCAGUUUGUAUGGCCCCAAUAUUGGGCGGCCCAGGAAGAACGUCAUCGCCCUCCUAGAUGGAUUCAUGAAGGUGGCAGGAAGCACAGUGGAUGCAGUUACCUGGCAACAUUGCUACAUUGAUGGCCGGGUGGUCAAGGUGAUGGACUUCCUGAAAACUCGUCUGUUAGACACACUCUCUGACCAGAUUAGGAAAAUUCAGAAAGUGGUUAACACAUACACCCCAGGAAAGAAGAUUUGGCUGGAAGGCGUGGUGACCACUUCAGCUGGAGGCACAAACAAUCUAUCAGAUUCCUAUGCUGCAGGAUUCUUGUGGUUGAACACUUUAGGAAUGCUGGCCAAUCAGGGCAUUGAUGUUGUGAUACGACACUCAUUUUUUGACCAUGGAUAUAAUCACCUCGUGGACCAGAAUUUUAACCCAUUACCAGACUACUGGCUCUCUCUCCUUUACAAGCGCCUGAUCGGCCCCAAAGUCUUGGCCGUGCAUGUGGCUGGGCUCCAGCGGAAGCCUCGGCCAGGCCGAGUGAUCCGGGACAAACUAAGGAUUUAUGCUCACUGCACAAACCACCACAACCACAACUAUGUUCGAGGGUCCAUUACACUGUUCAUCAUCAACUUGCACCGAUCAAGAAAGAAAAUCAAACUGGCUGGGACUCUCAGGGACAAGCUCGUGCACCAGUACCUGCUGCAGCCCUAUGGACAGGAGGGCCUCAAGUCCAAGUCAGUGCAGCUGAAUGGCCAGCCCUUAGUGAUGGUGGACGACGGGACCCUCCCAGAACUGAAGCCCCGCCCCCUGCGGGCCGGCCGGACGUUGGUCAUCCCUCCAGUCACCAUGGGCUUCUAUGUGGUCAAGAAUGUCAACGCUUUGGCCUGCCGCUACCGAUAAACCCCCUCACACUCCCAAGUCCCCAGCGGGCCCGCUGGACUGCUUUCCACUCUUCCACCCUAAUGGUAUCAGUUUUUUUCAGACGUCUUCUUAGCAACAAACCAGCCUCUGCUGCCCCAUCCUGCUGGAAUCAACAUUGACUUGCUCUCCAAAGAGACAAAUAUCCCAGCGUGAGCUUAGUCUAGGUAGGUCACAUUCACCCCAAAGGAAAAUGUAGACAUCAUCUGUACCUACGUGAGCACAAAGGUACGUGUGUGGAGCCGUACGCGCCCCCAGACGUGCACCAGAGGAACAAGCCGGCAGCGCACGCCCAGGACAAAUGAAACAGCUCCCCGUGACCCCGGUCACACAGCAGUGUACCUGCAGACCUAGCCCGUGGCGGCUGCCCUCAGCAGAUGAGGGAGGAAAAACCCAGUGGCCCUUCAAAAGCCCAGUCCUCUUCUGACUCCUUUCCUUCUUCUGUUCCCUGCUGUUGCCCUGGGUUUCCUAUCACCUCUCCUCCCACAGGGGAGCAAGUGGGUGAGUCAGUGCUAGCCUGCUGGGCGAGCUGUUUAUGUAAUUUCCUGGCUGAUGUAUGAGUGUGUGCAUCUGGGUUUCUGACAGUGGCAUCCAUCACUGGCUAUUCCUCUGGGAAGCGGGUGCUUCAAAAGUAAAAUUGCAAUCAUACUCCAGGUUUUGUAAGAAGGUUGUAUUCCUCUGUGAAUCCAGAUUCCCCCAGGGUUGGAAUGGGAGUCAGGUAACAAUAUUCCUUGAGUGGAGAGCAAUGUAUUAGGCACCACAAAAAGCAAUCAUCAUCUGUCAUGUGGCUGCAAGGGAGAGAAUUUCAGCACAAAGAGAAAGCUCACCCACCACCAAACACACACAACACACCCUCCCCACAACUGAACAAAGCAAACAAUCGGACCUGCCUCAAAUUUGAGAGAAUAUUAAGAGCUUGUUAGGGUAGGCCCUUAAUGGUCUGGUUGACCAAAACCAUUUUUUUAAAUGGGUGUAAAUCAAAGGUCAUCACAGCUGUAAGACACAACUGAAGCUAACCUUUCUGCCUCUUCCCAAGUAGCUGAGUUCUCUGAACGGCUUGUACUAGGCAGAAAUCUAAUGUGGUCAUGAAAGAUGGCCAGGUCCGGGCUCUCCCAGGCCAGCUAAUUUGAGCACAGAACAAAGUGUUCAGUUCACCACGUUGGAGGAGGGGGAUCAGGGGGACCUGGAGACUGAGGUCUGAUGGGGAAAGUGUGGAAUGGUAGGUGGGAGGCGCCCAGGUUGGGCAGGGGGUAUGGAGUGGUUUAAAGUUCAUGAUGAGGGCCUUCUGUAUGACUCAGGAGAUUUGUGUGGGUCUUUGCAAACAAGCGGCAACUGAAGUGACUCUUUUCGGUGGACAUGAUUUUCUUUUGCAGGAUAAAUGACACGACUGGUGCUCUUUUUUCAGGAAGAGCUAUUAGACAGUGUCAUAGGGUUCCAGCAGAGUGAUACAACUUCUGUGAUGUGAAAGGAUGGAAAUGGGGCAGGCGGCAAGGCGGCCGAGGCCAGAGGCCAGGGAGACUGCCUGUGGAGGAGCUGAGAAGCAGGGCCAAGUCUGCAGAGUGAGUGAUAAGGAAGAUUAGGAAGAUUAGACAAGAGAGGAGGGAGCAGACUCUCAGCAUGGAGAACUGGGGGCCUGGGAGUGGAGAGCUGAUAAGCUCAUUUUACAUGUCGGGAGGAGAGCGGACUUGGUUUUGACAAGCUUAUUAUGAGGUAGAGGAGGCACAGCACAGAGGAGGUGUGUGCCUUGCAGAGCGGGAAGGGGCUGACCGAGGACCUGGCUGGACCCGUCAGCAGUGGCUCAGCCUGAGUCAGCUGGAGAGAGAGGAGCAGAGCCUGGCAUGUCCCCGUCCCCAUGAGGCUGCCCAGGGGUGCCCCUUUUCCCCAGAAGCUGGCACCUCCACCGAAGCUUCAGCUCUGGGAGGGAGAAAGGGAAGUGCCCAGACUGCAGGUGGAAAGACAGGGAAGAAGCAGUGAAGGAAAGUGAAGAAGAGAAAGGACAAGAGAAAUGAGAGACGAUGAGGUUGUUUCCCCUCACUUUUAAAGCUCUGUGCGGAUAUCGAAGUCUCUUCUACGUACUGUGCAGGUUGUGGGCCCCUCAUGUUAGCAAGAGUAACCAGGGGUCCCCGGGCGGCUUCCGGGCUGGUUUGCUUUACAUACACGGCAGCCCCCAGGGUGUUACUAUUCUUACCCUCUUUUUUCCUCUGAGGCGUGGAGAGGGUCUGAAAUUUGCUCAGAGUCCCCCAGGGGAGUGGGUUACUGAGCUAGGAAUAGUCCAGAGCCAGUUCAUUUAAUUGCCCAGCUCAGUGACUGCCCAGCUCACAAACUCACCCCUUCCCUGCUUUGUAGGUUCUGCUAAUUCAGUGCAGCCAGGACCUACAGCGCUCCGUUCAGACACAUGCUCUGUGAAUAAGUGUUGACUCUUCACCAAGUCUCGAAACUUGCAGAAUACAGGCCGUCCCUGCUUCUUUUGUCUUUUGUAUAUUAAAUGCUGCUCCUAAGAGGUUUAAGUUUUGGUUUUUGGCUUUGGGUUUGGGGUUUUCCUUUCCUAGUUAAUAAAAAGGGAGAAAGGAAUCAAUGAAAUUUGUCUUUGGAGUCCUAAGAUUCUAACUGAAACUGCCUCAUGGAAGAAGUAUUUGUAUUGUUCAAAGGGCACCAAGAAACUCACUAAAACUGCACAUUCUGUAGGGAUUUUAGUACAGGCCAUCUGUCCUUGCUUUCUCAUUUUGGGGUGAGGGGUAAUUACUAAGUCAGCAGAGAUCGCUCCUUAUAAGGAAUUCAUCUAUCACACUCCCCCAAAAGACAGCUUGUGGCAAAUCUCAGCAUCACGAUGCACGUCAGGGGAGCAGCUUGCCGGGCUGGGCCCCAGGACAAAAGAGCUUAUCUGUCGGCUUCCCCCAUCAGAUUUUUCCUCUGAAAACAAGAUUUGGCCAAGAUAGUCUAAAGACUUAAGAGCCACUUUAUUUUAAACGAAAGAAUGACCUUGCAGAAAUGCUUCUCUGAACGCACAAUAAUGUAUAAUGAGAAGUUUGUGCCUUUUGUUGAGAUAAUUUUCUGCUCCUCCUGCCUCUAAGAAUAAUUUUCUUUCUCCUUUCCUAUCGCGAAGACUCAGAACAAAUUCUCAUUGUUAUUUGAAGAGAAAGUCUCAAUUCGUCUAGUGCCCUGAAAAAGCUUGCAACUGGGGGAUAUUAGCAUUAUCUGCAACUGGUGAAAAGCUUGAAAACACCAGACCUGGGCUACAGUGAGACUAAGGCCUGGGAUUCCCAGAAAAGCAAUUCCCAAAGGCCACUCGCCAUCUAUAGCCCCAGCCCCUCCCCAGCAGUUGGGCAGUCCCCGAGGCAGAGGCAGAUGGGCCGCAGGCCUGUUCUCUCCCACAGGGCAGAGGUCGAUGGCAGAUUCUGCCUGAGAGGCGCCUAGCUCUCAGCACCGGGGAGCCUCUGCAGUGGGGAGGACCCAGCAGGACUGGAAACUGCUGAGCAGCCACGUGGUCCGGGCCAGGCCCAGCAUCUGCAGGUGUGCACUCAGGGUCCCUGUGUUUGGGAUGGAGGCAGCUGCUGGAUUCACCUUGGAAAUCCAGUGAGAGCAGCUUUACUUCUGAAAACAAAAUGGGAAGUGUUUAAGCUCUGCAGAAGCCAAGGUGAACCAGGUGGAUGGCUCAGACAAUAAAAACACUGGGACAGAGAAGGACUUUAAAAUUUUGAAAUAUCAAUAAAGCAAAAAAUAAGAGA